AAAAGUUUGUAGAGUAAACCGACACUUGGAACAAAACGAUACAAGAAUCAUGGAAACAACUGAAACCAAUUCAUCUUUCUUUCCAGCACCACCUACAAGAUAUUUACAAUUCACUAAACCGAACUUAACGAUAGCCAAAUCGAUUCAAUCAAAAACCAAACCAAAUGAAUUACAAUUUGAUUCAGAUUUACAAAAAAGAUUAAUUAAAGAAAGUUUAAAAGAUUUAAAAGAUAUAGAAGAGAUAGAUGAAGAAGAAAUUGAAAGAAUUAAUGAAAUCGAUUUAAGAACGUUAUUGGAACCACCUAAUUUAGAUUUGAUUAAAGAAAGAGGCGGUUGGAGUUCGUUUGGUGAUUGGGAACCUUGGCCUGGUAAAUCUUCUAGAGCUAUGUUAGAAGGUAUGCCAAAGUUAUAUGAAGAAAAGAUGGAACGUAAAGAUGCCUUACAAGCACUUUUGAAUACGUUGAUUUAUUCAUACUUGAAACUUUUAAAUCAAUUAGGACAUCAAGGACCUCCAUCACUUUCGAAUCAUUCAAAUCAAGUUUCAAAUACCGAUCAAAUCAUCUCUCAUAUCGAAUUAACUUCAUUUAAUAUGCAUGGAUUGUGUAAUGAACUUAGACCUAGACAAGCACGUGAAACUUUAAAGUUAAUGAUGAAAGAACAAGCAAAGGAGAAAAGAGAAAAAGCUAGAUUGGUUUUGAAGACUUGUGAAGAUCUUAAGAAUGAUUUAAUUGGUUUGAAAAAUCAUUCUGGUUCAUUUGAUGAUCCGAUUCAAAACAUUCAAUCUAAUGAAACCUUUGAUGAUUCUAUGAAAGAAACUGAUGAAAAGACUUUAUUGAAAGAAAAACAACAAGAUUGGAAUGCAUUAUUAUCUGUUGUUGAUGAUUUAUAAACAUCACCUUUUUUGUUUUUCAUCUCUUGUUUUUCAUCUGUUGGUUAUGAUUUCUUUGAUUGUGCUUGAUCUUUGUAGUUUUUAUGGGUUACAUAUGUGAAAGAAAUCGGUUUUCUUUAGUUUAGAAAACGUGUUUUGAUUUGAGAUAGUUUUGUAAAGAAAAGGUCUUGAUUAGUUUUGUAUAGUUGUAUGUAGUCAUGAUUUUCAAGUGAACUUGUUU